GUUUUUUUUUUUUUCAUUCAGCUAGGACUAGCACGUUGACUUUUGUAAACAUAGGCAGUUCAGUUUUCGUUGUUAAGAAUGUUGACUUAACAGAGUAUAAAAUAGAAAUCUGGGUAUGUGAGAGCAGCACAUUUGCAAUCCAACUUUCUUUUCUCCUGCUGGUUAUAUUCAGUGGACCAAUUAUUCAACUGGCUACUUGCAGUAAAAUAUCAGAACGCUUAAAAUAAAUGCUGGGCUUCAGGCUGCUAUAAUGAGUGAAGACUCUUCUGAAAACAAUGGAGGAAGUCUAGACAUCUGUACAGUAGGAGAAGAAGAAGGAAAAUUGGCUCAAGGGAUUCCACCCCGAAUUCCCAGCUUUCACAUACAUGCCAAAAAGGGUCUUCCUGUGACUGUGGAUGAAGGAAGAUUUCUGGAUAAACCACCUCUGUCAUACAUAGCUUUGAUUGCAAAGGCGAUACUUUCUUCCCCCACAAAUAAACUGAAUUUAGCUGCUAUCUACAAAUAUAUUGAAGAUAAUUUUCCUUUUUACAGGAACAAAGGUCGAGGUUGGAGGAACAGUGUAAGGCACAACCUUUCACUAAAUGAUUGUUUCAUCAAGGUGGGAAGAUGUGAGGAUGGCAAAGGAAACUACUGGAGUAUUCACCCAUCAAACUUAAAUGACUUUGUUAACGGGGACUUCCGGCAACAUCGAAGGUCACGAAAGCGAGGGCACCAAAAGGAGGUAGAGCACUGUCUUGCUGUGAAUUAUUUCACACCAUGGGGACACUAUCCUUCUUACCCAGCACCAAAUUUGCUUUACCAAACACAUUUUUUUCUGGAGCCACUGUGGAAACUUCCGUAUGCUGACAGACUGCAGUUUGUGCAUGAAUACCAAAAGUGGAAUGUAAACAGUCAUGGGGAAAUCAUAGGGAAGUUUUCACCUCAAUUACAGACUGAUAAACCCCACAGCACUUCUGGGGACUGGUUUUAUGGAUCUCCUGCCACUUCAGUUAUGCAGCAGAAUAUUUUCCUAAAUAUUCUGUCAGAUUUCCCUAACUCCCUUUUAUUCUUUUCUCAAAAACAGCACCAAAGUGAAGCAUUCAGACACAUCUGUAAGUACUAGAAAGUAUUUGAAGUGCUUGAAUAACUUCACAGGCAGCUUGGGACUCUGUCAAGAUAUAUGUUGCACAAUUUUUAACUUUUGUAUAUGUUUCAAGACAGCAGAAAAGCUUGCUUACUUAUAUAGGCCCUUGAUUAGCCAUGAUUAUUACCUAAGUAUAUUUGCUUUGAAACCAAAACAAUGAAUUUUUAAUAAUUCUACUAGUCAAUAGCCAUGCAUAGAUUACUUCAGUAUAAAAACAAAUCCAUUCACACUGACUGCCCAGUGAAAUGAUUUUUAAAUUGUUCUGUAUCAAUCAUAUUACUGUAUACUACUGCUCUAUUGGAUUCAAAUUAAUACACAUGUAUGUGUAUUUAUAAGUAUAUAUUCAAAUAUGUAAAACCAUAUAUUUACUUUUACAUUGUAUUGAAAAGGAAGGAUUAAUAAAUUUUUCCUUUGUCAUUUGAGAAUGUCUUUGAAAUUGUACUUGUCACCUUUCAUACCGCUGGCAACACUGAAUUGUUCUUCUACUCAUUUAAUAUUAUACAUUGGUUAGUACUCACUCAACACUAUUAAUUCUGAUGCAUUGUAUUGAUCAAAAAAAAUCUCUGUACAUUUAUAUACCCUUAACUGUUAAGUUGUAUACUUGUUCCUGUUUGAAUAAUUGUGCAGAUUAAUAAAUAUUCCAAGUGAAAUAGGAUUGCAAUAUUUUCUAAAAUAUGUUUUUAAGUUCAAAUCUGCUUUUUAAAUGCAUGGCCACAUAUUAAUUAACCUACUUAAAUGACUGCUUAAAGGCAACAUGUCUAAUCAAGAGUUUACCCAUUUGCUGGGUAUAGUCCAUUCAAGAAAUUUUCAUUUUUCAGAUGUUUUCACCUAUUUCUUAGGCUUAUAUCUAUAUUUUUUUUGUUUACAUAGUCACACUUAUGUACAUAGCUGCAGAGUACAUGAUGUUAUAAAGUGCCCUCUUAAAUACGUUUUUUAAAUCUAUGUAUCUAUCCAGAAACCUCAGGGUAGCAGAAACUGAUGAAGUUUCACACAGGGAAGUGUAACAAGAAUUAUCGUGAAAAAACCCAGGUAUGCUAAGUUAUAAAACUAGAAGAACUUCCUUUGACACACUAGCUUACAGAAAAUGCAGAUGAAGGCACUGCAGUGCUUCAGUCACGAAAUGCUCUUGCAGUUCCUGAGAACUGGAUGAAGGUGGGGAAGGUGGGAUGAAGGUGUGUUGGGAAGACUGGCUAGAGGAAACAGAGAUAACUGGAGUUGGGACACAGAGCUCAGACGCGUUGAUCUAGGAGCUGUGAGAAGCCCAAGGAACACAGAUUGUGAGUGCCAGGCAAUUAUAACCAUAUGAGAAUGAAAGCUAAGGAGGAGAGUCAGGGUAGGUUUCAUGAGUAGUAGGUGGGAAAAGUUUAAGUAUUGGAUAAGUAGUUCUUUAGCUGUCAGCAAAUUACUUUAAAAUUACACUAAAGAGCAAGUUACUCCUGUUUGCUCUUACUGGGCUUACUUGGCAAAAGCUUGUGAAGUACACCUGAGGAUAUUCCCAGAAUAACACAAUGUCAUUUAACUUCAUCUUCCCUGCUAAGUAAGAGUUGGAAAAGGAUAUUAUAGUGUACAACAUGACAUACUGCUUGAGCUGUUGUGACCUAUUACUUACCAGGUUUUCCUUUGUUCUCAAAGUAACCAUUUUAGUUUGCUCAGGAAAAAGAAUUUUAUUUUACCGGAUUACCGGUGAUGGUGGAAAUGUGGCAUGUACCAGUCCUUACAUGCACUUCCAGAUCUUUAUUCCAGUUUCCAUGUGGGAAUGAAAUAAUAGUAAGUCAUAUGAAGGAGACAUUCUUCUGCUCAGAUGCACUUUGAAAUAGUUUUCAUACUACUAGUGAUACACAUACCAUAGAUUGAGAACUCCCAUCUUAGAUAUUUCCACUAUGAUUAUGUAGCUGUCCAUAUGCUUUCUUAUGUUUUUUGUUUUAACUUUUUGUUUGUUUGUACAACAACUGCAUGCCACAUUGGAGGAGGAUUCUUUUCAAA